CUCGCAGUCGGUGUCGAUGGACGCCGAAGAGUCGAUGAUCAACAAAUUGAAACAGGCGUGCGGUUACGAGUUUACGUCCAAAUUGCACAGAAUGUUCACCGAUAUUAAAGUGAGCGACGAUUUGAACAACAAUUUCAACGACUAUUUGCGUCAAAAUGUAGUGGAAUUGGGCAUCAAUUUCAACAUCUAUGUGCUUCAGGCGGGCGCGUGGCCUCUCAACCAGUCGGCGCUCUCGCCCUUUGCGAUCCCGCAGUCGCUCGAGAAGAGUGUGUCGGCGUUCGAGACGUUUUACGCGUCCAAAUUCAAUGGCCGCAAACUGACCUGGCUCCAUCACCUCUGCCAGACUGAGCUCAAGUUCGGGUUCACGCGUCGCAACUACACUGUAGUGAUGGGCACCUAUCAUAUGGCCAUUCUCUUGCUCUUCGAGUCAUCCGAUUCUCUCCAUUACUGG